AAUGAUUGGUCAAAAUACAGGGACCGGAAGUGCCGCUCUAAUGUAGUAAGAGCUUAGUAGGGGCUAAGUAGUAUGUUGCUACACGUCAAUGUGCAUGCCCUUUAGCUGCACGUCGUUAAACGUGGACAUUUAAAAAGCGCGACGAAGUAGCCGGUAACGUAUUUACAAUUGAGCCGUGACGCCAAUGUACCGCUUCGUACGGCAAAUGUAAUAGCGUGUUUGCUAAACGUCACUCCUGCGAGCGUUAGAUGCGUUAGCAUCUUUUUUGACAGCUACAGCGGCCGGUUAACAUUUAACCAAUGUUACACAUUGAGAAGAGCGUGUUAGUACCUUACCUAAAUUGAAUGUGCGGUAGUGAUAGAGCCAGACGCAGCUACACCUAGUAGCUUGUGCUGUUAGCUAGCUGCCGAAAUGGCAAUAGCUUCUUUAAAAAGAGGUUUAAACUCCAUGAGAGCGGUUUAUUUCUGCGCCUUUCUGCUCAUAGUCUUCGCCAAUGCAGCAACAUCUGACGAGGAACAAGACGGGAAUGAAAGACCAGAGCUGAAGCCCUACCAUGAUCCAGAAUCGGCGGAGGAUGACGUUCACUUGGGUUCGAAUAUUGUAACUGGAACAUCUACCACCUCCGGUCAUGAAGUGUCUGUACCACAAGAAGAAAAAGACAGCAAGCAGCCAGCUGAAGUUGCUCUGCUGGGAGAAAAGAAGGAAGAGCUGCCAGAACAACAUGUAUCUUUGGACAACCCUAAGAAAGUUUCUAUAGUAAACGGCGGUACAGCCGACGGAGAGCCUUGCAUGUUCCCCUUCACCUUCCAAGGCAAAGAGUACGCCGACUGCACCACCAACGGACGAGGCGACAAUCGACUAUGGUGUUCCACCACUUACGACUACGACCAGGACAAGAAGUGGGGGUUCUGUGAGACUGAGCAGCAGGCACAGCAAAGGCUGCAGGCGGAGGAAGCGGAGGAUCAGUACCAGACGGUCAUGCACAUGCUCAAUGCUACCAGCAAGAAGAGCUGGAAGAGGGAUCUGUAUGAGAAGCUGCUGAAAGUGGCAGAGAAAGGCCACCAGAAGGCUACGGAGAAGGUGGCGUAUGCCAUGUUGUUUGGAGACUACAUGAGCCAGAACAUCAGCAGAGCCAAGGAAAUGUUUGAGAAGCUUGCUAUGGACGGUUCCCCCAAAGGGCAGACGGCGCUUGGAUUUCUGUACGCUGCAGGACUUGGUGUUAACUCCAGUCAGGCUAAGGCUUUGGUUUAUUACACCUUUGGUGCCCUGGGAGGAAACCUGGUUGCUCACAUGAUUCUGGGCUACAGAUAUUGGGGAGGCGUGGGUGUUCCCCAAAGCUGUGAGUCGGCGCUCACACACUACAAGCUGGUGGCAAAUCAGGUGGCCAGUGAUGUGUCCCUGACGGGCGGCUCAGCUGUACAGAAAAUCAGGCUCCUCGACGAGCUGGAGAACCCGGGAUCCACCAGUGGCAUGCUGGAGGAGGACCUGAUCCAGUACUACCAGUUCCUUGCUGAGAAAGGGGAUGUGCAGGCCCAGGUGGGACUGGGUCAGCUUCACUUGCAUGGAGGACGUGGCGUAGAACAAAAUCAUCAGAGGGCGUAUGACUACUUCAACCAAGCUGCUAAUGCAGGAAAUACUCAUGCUAUGGGUUUCCUUGGCAAGAUGUACUCAGAAGGCAGCGAGUUCCUGCCUCAGAACAACGAGACAGCCCUGCAGUACUUUAAGAAGGCUUCAGACUUGGGAAAUCCAGUGGGACAGAGCGGCCUAGGCAUGGCGUACUUGUACGGAAGAGGCGUUUCAGUGAACUACGAAUUGGCCCUGAAGUACUUCCAGAAGGCGGCAGAGCAGGGCUGGGUGGACGGUCAGCUGCAGCUCGGCACAAUGUACUACUAUGGCAUUGGCGUAAAGCGAGACUACAAGCAGGCACUGAAGUUCUUCAACUUGGCUUCGCAGGCUGGCAACAUCAUGGCCUUCUACAACCUGGCACAGAUGCACGCCACCGGUACUGGCGUCAUGCGCUCGUGUCACACAGCGGUGGAGCUUUUCAAGAACGUGUGUGAGCGCGGCCGCUGGUCCGACCGGCUGAUGGCAGCGUACGGCAGCUUCAGGGAGGGCGACAGCGACUCUGCUCUGGUCCAAUACCUGCUGCUGGCUGAGCAAGGCUACGAGGUGGCUCAGAGCAACGUGGCUUUCAUUCUGGACCAGAAGGGUGCAAAGAUUUUUAACGAGAAUGAGACGUAUCCUCGGGCUCUGCUUCACUGGACCAGAGCUGCAGCUCAAGGUUACCCCGUGGCCAGGAUCAAACUCGGGGACUACCACUACUAUGGUUUUGGUACCGAUGUGGACUACGAGACGGCAGUUAUCCACUACAGGCUGGCCUCCGAGCAGCAGAAUAGCGCCCAAGCCAUGUUCAACCUGGCCUACAUGCACGAGAAGGGCCUGGGUAUCAAACAGGACAUCCACCUGGCCAAGCGCUUCUACGACUUGGCAGCAGAAGCCAGUCCUGACGCCCAGGUGCCUGUUUUCUUGGCUCUGUGCAAGCUGGGGCUGAUCUACACACUGCAGUACCUGCAAGACCUCAACCUGCGGGAGCUUGUUGCUCAGGUGGACCUGGACCAGGUUUUGGGCCCUGAGUGGGACCUCUAUCUCAUGACGGUGAUCGCCCUCCUGCUGGGCGCGGUCGUCGCCUACCGACAACGUCGGCACCAGAUCAUAAUCCCCCCUCGGCCCCCGGCACCGCCCCCUCCUCCACCUAGACCCCCACAGCAGCCUCAAGCAGAAGAGGCGGCGGACCCUCCUGAGGAAGAGGAGCGACAUUGAGAGGAAGCCCAAAUCAUGUAGAACAAACGGAUGCUCUCUUGGAGAAGCUCGUGCUUGCUGGCAGAACACUCUGGCCGAGCCAAAAUGGCCGCCGACAUGUGAAGGGCUGCUGGAACACAGAUUUGAGAUUUGCUGGUGUGCCUCAGGAUCCUCCCUUCCACAUUUUACCCUCUGAGACUUUGCUGUGCUUGAUGGACAAAAACAACCAAUCAACACAGCUUGAAUUUGAGGUGCAAUUCAUUUGUCAUUUCUGCUUCUUUUGAACAUUUUUGCAUCCUUGGGAAAAAAUUUAUCUUAUCCUGAAGAAAAGUUUUUGCAUGUUUUCUUUGUUUCGCAGACUUUGAUUUGAGAAGCAUUGUGUGUUGUGCUAAAAGUAUGCUAACAUCAUCAGUUUAAUUUAUAGAAAAGCUGCACUGGAUAUUCCAGACUUUUUGGGGUUAAUUUAACUUUAAGAUUACAUGUUUUUCUUUUUUUUCUGGAUGGUUACUCGAUGGGAGAAUGUUAAUGAGUUCUAGGAAAUACGUUUUUCUCUGCACUACUUUGUAUGUUGUGAGCAGCAGUCACCGCCACUCAGCUUCAGCACCACUUUGAUAACGAAAUUGGGUGGGGCUCAACCAAAACACAAGAUUUUGAUGAUAUUGAUUUUUCUCAUGGCGCCAAUUUUAGUUACACUGCAUGAACAUCCACACAUCAAAAUUACUGGUCAUUUUUUAACAUCUUU